CACUCAGCAGUCGACAUUGACAGCCUUCAAGGUACUGAACUUCCGGUCUUUGCUCUCAUCAGUCAAGAUGCCAUCUCCGGCCCUCAUAGCGCGCCUUAGACAUUUACAGGAGUCUUCCGAACUACUCGUACUUUCCUCGCCGGCAGCAGCUGCACACUUACGGGUCACGCGAAAUGCGGUGGCGGAGGAGCAGAUGCAAGAUGCUGUCCCCAUAAACGAACGUAUCUGCCAUGCGUGUGGUGAUCUGCUCAUCCCGGGCUGGACAUGUACGACCACCAACGACGAUUCAAGACGGUCGCGCAGAAGGACCAACCGUACGAAACCCGGAAUGCGCACAAUCCGAUGCGAUCGCUGCAAUUCAACAACUUCCCUUACCUCUGCAAAGCCCAGCGGAAGUCAGCUGCAGGGAAGUGCCAUCGACUCAACUUCCGCGAUGCCCAAGCCUCAACUUCCUGACCCUCCAAUACCAGCGGUUGAAGUGUCUACGCGCCCGAGCAGAAAGGCCCGGAACAGCAAGUCUACCCUGCAAUCUCUGCUGGCGAGUCAACAGAGCAAGAACGGCCCCAGCAUUGCAAAGCCUGGACUGGAUCUGAUGGACUUCAUGAAGACGUAAUAGAUCGCCUUGGCCAGAAAGUCGUGCUGAUGAGCCGUGGGCAAGCGAGGUUACCCAGCCCCAUAAACAACACUGCCAACCCAUUCACCCUUCUCACCCCAUUCAGUCGCUCGGACGACCAUGACAUGGCUUUCCCUCUGCACACGCGACAGCGAUACGGAAG